AUGGUGAGCGCGAGGUGGCACGGGUGUGUGCGCAAGGGGCUGGGAGCCCAGGGGCGACGCAACGGGUGCAGAGCCGGGGGUAGAGGGAGCAGGGGCGUGCGCGCGCUGGGCGUGCGACAGGGUGGAGAAGAGGGCGCACGGGCGCGCGGCGCGCCACGGGCGGGCGCUGGAAUGCGACGGAGAUGGGGAAAGGGUGAGGCGCGGGCCGCGGCUCUGAGCGGUGCUACGAGCAGAGGGCCGCGACGCGUGCGUGCGCGUGGCAGCAGGGAAGCGGGCGGCGAGGCGGAGCAGGGCCACGCGGGCGGGGCGCCGCGAGCGCGGGCGCAGCAGAGCUGCGAGGCGCGGCAAGCAGUGGUGCAGGGCGCGGGGAGCUGCGGGGAAGCGGACGCGGGGCAGAGCGCGGGGCCGGCAGCAGCGCGGGGUGCACGCUGCAGCGCGUGCGCGGGGCUGCGGUGGUCGCGGGCUGCGGUGAGCACGGACGGGCGGGUGGCUGCGCACGGCGAAGAGCGUGAGCGUGCGCAGGCGGGGUCGUGCGAGGCGGGGGCGCGGAGCGGGCUCGUGGAGGCGGAGCGGGUGAUCUUUGCCGGCACGGAGGGCGGCGAGGAUAUCGUGCUCUCCUCCGAUGACGAGGUCGAAGGCGGCAAGGACGACGACACGGUGGGCAUCGAGGUGGGCGGUGAGGACGAGGAGAUCGACAUCGUCGAAUGGAGGAGUGUCUUCCCCAACGACCCUGACGACGGUACCGGCCCGGACCCGGCUCGCGGCACACCGUACGUGACGAGGAAGGAUUGGCUCGACCUCUACUUCGGCCGAAAGAUAUCGACGUUGUCUGGCGUUGUGGUGGCGUCGAUGGCAGAGAGGCCUGACAAGGUCGAUGCGUCAGUAUAUGCUUUGAGGAUGGAUCGAUGGAAGACGGAGGUGACGGCCCUUUACAGCGUGUGCGUGUGCGAAUUGAGCACUCUAUUAAAUCACGCAUCUUUAACCCAUCUAUUUCAUAAAUCUCUCCAUGGUCCCCUGGAGGUUUUGUAUAGGUUUCUGGAAUAUUUUAGCAAGUUUGACUGGGACAAAUACUGCAUAAGUCUAAAUGGCCCUGUUGCUUUAUCGUCUUUGCCUAAUCUAAUUGUUGAAGGUUUAAAUGUACCUAGCGAUGACUUGCUGUUUGACAAAGAGUUCCUUGAGAACUCAGUGCAAAAAGCAUCUGCACCUCCAAGAAAUUCUGAUGCACGCUAUUCCAAAUUCCGUGUGAAAUGUCUAAACAUAAUUGAUCCACUGAAGGAGUGCAACAAUCUUGGCAGAAGUGUGAACAGAGCGAAUUUCCAUCGUAUUCGAACUGCUUUCUCGUUUGGUGCUCGAAAGCUUGGUCAAAUUCUUAUGUUACCACCAGAACUUAUUCCUGAUGAUAUUUUCGCAUUUUUCAAAAACACCUUGGAGAGGAAUGAAAAUGGAGUAAGGUCAGAUAUUGACCAUGUUGGUGCAUUUCAUUGUCAGCCCUUCCUUGGUCCCAGCAAUCAACUCUUAGAUGGCAUGUCAUGCAUGCAGAUUUCUUACAAGGAGGAAGAGAAAAGUCGUCCUCGUGUUUCAAAGAAAUUAGCUGAGCACGCAGUAAGUGUCAGAAUAAAUGUGCCUACGCAGGGUGGAUGUUUUUCAGGAGAUGACUCGUUUGCACCAAGUACUGAUCUGAGUGCAAGAUUAUCCCACUGUGUCCGUCAUGAACCGAAUGACCAUGCGUAUGUUUUUCACGAAAAUAGAAACUAUGUGGCCCCUGAGAUGGAUGGACAGGAAUCUCGCUAUGCAGCUGAAGCCUAUAUGGGUGACAAAUCACUGAUACAGCCACAGCAUCAUGCACACUAUUCGUCAAAUAUAUUGAGCUCUAUCCAUGGCAGUGAUUUAGGACUUCCAAAACCUGGUCCCACAAAAAUGGAAAAGUUAAUUGGAACUUCACUCCAUGUGGAAGAACAUCUCCAUCCACUGUCAUUGUUGAACUUGUCGGAUCUAUCAGGGGAUUUGGAAUCACAGUUGAGAUGCCUCCGUCAAGUUCAGUACAACUUAGAAUACUUGUUUGAUGAAUUUUCGCAGUCUGUCCAAGAAGCAUCUUCUGAUGGUAAGGUUGACAAGGAUUUAUUUGACAUUCUAAAUCGUGGCAUCCUGUUAAGUACUGAUACGGCGCUACCUGGGCUAUUGCCGCCUUCAUAUGCUGAAACGAAUGGAAUGAAGUUAUCUCCAGUUUCUUCUCAUAGCACUGAAGUUUCACAGCAAUCACAGGAUGAGGACAACUGGGAUAUGCCCUUUCAGUUGAAUGCCUGUGGAAUAGAUGUCCCAUCUAAUGGAUUAUCGCCAUCUUAUAUUGCUGAUUCAGAUAUUUCUGUUUCGUGGUGGCAUAGAUCAGGGGCUAUACCCAAUAUGCGUGAAACAGUCGGAUAUAUUCGUGAAAAGCACAUGACAUCUAUCGGAGAGAAAGGGAAGAUCCUGAUCAAUCAACCAGUGAAGAUUAAAAGCAACCACAAACGAAGUUUUGUCCCUUGCCAGGAGCAAGUAGCGCCAGACAGUGGGACCAAGGAAAUAAGUCUGUCAUUGGGAAUUGGCGAUGGUCUAAAUGGAUAUACUCUCUUAGGUAUGAAGACGACUGAAAAGCACAGUGGUCAUACUCGAAAGGAAUUUGUCAAACCUCACUAUGAAGCAAGGCACACACGGAGCUCCUAUGGGGAUGUCGGCUCGAACAAAACCUUCUUCCAGAAGCGAAAUUACGAUACUGGCAUGAAGUGUGCACGACCAGUUAGUGCAAAAUAUCAGCCACCUGAAGUUGAGGGUACUCCAGAUGAGUGCACAUACAUGAACAAUAACUUGGCAAGAAAUCAAAGCUGCAACACUCCUAAAGGGUAUGGGACAAAUCGAAGACUAGCCUCUGAGCCAUUAAAACUUCAAAGCAGCACAAGAGGAAGGGGUUUCUCGAAAAAGAACUUGCCUGCAAAACAAAAGUAUGAUAAUCACAGUGGGCUCCCAUAUUCUUUUGUGAGAGAUACAAAGCAUGCACCGAAUGGCCAAGUUGCGACCAUUCUAACUGGUUCGACAAAGGAGGUUGCCCUGAAUGAAGAAUUGGUUGAAAAUGGAACUAAACCAAUGCCAAAUGUUUUCAUUCCUCGUGAUAGCAGCUGGAAUAACCAACGGAUGCUUCUGGCACCUAGUACUUGUCACCCCUCCGUCCCUGUCACAAAAGUAUAUUCUCAAUCUGGAGCCUUGGAGACACAGCCAGAUAGGAUUAUUGAGUUUGGCUCUUUGGGGCCUUUCUCGUUGACAUCUCCCUCACCAAAGUCAAACAAGGCCUCGCCAAAGGCAUGUGCAGACGCCUCUGCAUUGGCGUUACAGAGCUAUAGAGCCAGUGCAACCCAAAGCAGGUCGUCAGGAUUUUACAGAAUAGGAGAUGAAGAGCAGUUCCCACCACUCCAUGCUAGGACCCGCUGAGACUUACAGUAGCAUGCAAAUGAUCAUCAUUUAACUAGAGGAAAAGAAGAGUUAACCCAGUUGAUGUUCACAAAUAUGACCAUCCUAAUAGUAUACAUCUACCUUGUAAAGUUAUAUCGACACCUUGCGUUUCUAGCUUUCGUGUCUAUAGGUAAAGGUACCAAAGAAAGGUUUUAGGUGCAAGGACUAACUAUACAGUUGUAGUUUUCCCUUCUCAAAAUUAGAAAUGGGUAAAACAGGAGAAAGAUAAACAUAUUUAUGAGUUUUUCUUGAGACAAAAUUAUGAGCCUUUCUGCUACCAUGAA